GCCCCGCCCGGGGCGGCUAAAGCGACGUGUCCUUGUCCCCCGUGGGUAGCCCUGGCCCCUGCGGCCGCGGAUCGCCAGCUCCAAGGGCCUCCCCUCAGAGCCACCACCGCCUGGGACAACCAGCCUGGAGCCAUGAAGACCAAGAACCGGCCCCCCAGGCGCCGGGUGCCAGCGCAGGACACAGAUGCCACCCCAGGGGAGCAGACCCCCGACAGGCCCCAGCCGGGCUCUGGGCCGGAGCUGACCAAGGGUCUGCGGAGCAGGACGGCACGGGCGCAGGGGGCGCGGGCUGAGGGCGGACGCAGGCGGCCGGGGUCCUCGGGGCCGGGUGGCCGGCGGGAGAGCAGCGUCCAGCGGCGGCUGGAGAGCAACGAGCGGGAGCGGCAGCGCAUGCACAAGCUGAACAACGCCUUCCAGGCGCUGCGCGAGGUCAUCCCGCACGUGCGUGCCGACAAGAAGCUCUCCAAGAUCGAGACUCUCACGCUGGCCAAGAACUACAUCAAGUCGCUGACCGCCACCAUCCUGACCAUGUCCAGCGGCUGCCUUCCGGGCCUGGAUGGGCCGGGCCCCAAGCUCUACCAGCACUACCAGCAGCAGCAGGCAGCGGGGGGCGCGCUCGGUGCCGCCGAGGCCCAGCCUGAGAGCCACCUGCAGAAGUACUCCACGCAGAUCCACAGCUUCCGAGAGGGCUCCUAGCACCCCGGCCUGGGGGUCAGCGGUGGCCUGGCCCUGGUCGCUCCGUGCCGGGAGCCCCAGACCGAUGGAGACACCCAUGCAGACCUGGCCCCAGCGGCCCCAUCUUCCCUGAACUCUCCGCUGCCUCUCUGGAGCCCCGCCUGGCCCCCAGGGGACAAGAGCAGUGCAGGAGGCC